AUGCUAGCCCAUCUCUGCUCCUCUGUCCCCUACAGAAGUGUCCACGUUGAGUCCACCCAGGCCGCUGACAGGGGAAUCUGUGAAGACAGACUGGCAAGAAUUCCUGCCAAGCCAGCUACAGAAUGUAAAGUGGUGUAUGAAUAUGAGGAGAGUAUUGAGAACUGUGCCCUUCAAGCAGAAAGAUGGGGUGUUGAGAAACUUCCAGAUGCUGGUGAAGGCUUCCAAGAUCUGGAGUCCAAGGUCAAGGGGCCACUGGCCAGCAGCCAGAAUUUUCUCAAGCACAACAGGGGUUUGCCGAUGGACUCUGACGCAGAUUCACUCCAUCUUCCAGUGUUUUCUGAGCAAUGGCAGAUUGUAAAGCCCCUAGCGUAUCUUUCAGCACCUGGAACACCAGCAGAUACGAAUGAAUUGGUAACGAGGGAUUAUGACCUAGAAAUACUCUUUGCCUUGAAAUAUUUAGAAAAGAACCCUUUUCCUUCAAAGGUUAUGAACAAGUCUGAACUUGCCUUCAACUUGUACUCUAUUGAUUGGAGACUCUACCGUACAGCUGGCGGCACCCAAGGACCUGCCUAUGGGGUUAGUCAUGAUUCUAGCAGAACUGUUGCAACCGAUGUGGAUGGAGAAGCUCCUGUAUUGUCUGUUUCUCCUCAGCUUACCACCCUGGGAAAUCUUACACCUUCAAGCACUGUGUUCUUUUGCUGUGAUAUGCAGGAAAGGUUCAGACCAGCCAUCAAGUAUUUUGGUGAUAUCAUCAGCGUGGGACAAAGGCUGUUGCAAGGAGCCCGGAUUUUAGGAAUUCCAGUUAUUGUAACAGAGCAAUACCCCAAAGGUCUUGGAAGUACUGUUCAAGAAAUUGACUUAACAGGUGUAAAACUGGUUCUUCCAAAGACCAAGUUUUCAAUGGUGUUACCAGAAGUAGAGGCAGCGUUAGCAGAGAUACCUGGAGUCAGAAGUGUGGUAUUAUUUGGAGUAGAAACUCACGUAUGCAUCCAGCAAACGGCUCUGGAGCUGGUUGGCCGAGGAGUCGAGGUCCACAUUGUUGCUGAUGCCACCUCCUCAAGAAGCAUGAUGGACAGGAUGUUUGCUCUGGAGGGUCACCUCAAGGGUGAUGCUCUGUUUGGGGAAAAUUACCUCCAGGCACCACAGGAACCUGAACUCGCAUCAUCCAGAAGAGAAAUGUCCUUCGAAGCCAACAUGUUUGAAAAGAUUCCACGAGACUAUGAACAUGUCAAAUGGAACAAGGAACGAACCACUGCGGAUCGAGUUAAGAACAUCUGUGCCUCUUCGUGCAAAAUGAAGAAGAGGAAAUUUAAUUAG